AGCUGCAAGUCAGACUGGUGAACAUGUUUCAUUUCUUCUAUUCAAGCAGAAAAUAGAAUACACACAAAGGCAGUCUUGUUAUAACAAGAGACAUCAGAGUGCUGAAAUGACAAAAACCCACAGCAUCAUUUGCCCUCAGAAAGCAGGAGCCUCAGCACGGAACACUUUCUCGUAUCCAGGGUCAGACCACAAGGCAAUAUCUAAAACCCUUCUGAAAUAAGAAACUACAAACAAAUCCUCAGCUCCUCUCAGAAGGCUUGUUCCCUCGUACUGGAUGUGCACAACUCUGAAACUACUGUAGAACACUCAAGACUUCUCUGUUGAAAACUCAGCAAAUCCUCUAUCACAGAGAGGGUUGGCAACUAAACUAAGACACUGAGAGAAAAAUACCAGAUGCCGGUCUGCAAGUCGCACUAUUAUUUCUGGAAACAUUCAAAUCCUUCAGAAUCAACAGAAUAACCAGGAAUUAGCACCGCAGCAAUGUCUGGGGUAGACAAUGCCACCUCUGCACCUGGGAACAGCAGCCUGUGCAGCAGGGACCACAAGAUCACCCAGGUUCUCUUCCCACUUCUGUACACAGUCCUGUUUGUUGUCGGACUCAUAACAAACAGCCUGGCAAUGAGGAUUUUCUUUCAAAUCCGCAGUAAAUCCAACUUCAUUAUUUUUCUUAAGAACACAGUCAUUUCCGAUCUUCUCAUGAUUCUAACUUUUCCAUUCAAAAUUCUUAGUGAUGCCAAGCUGGGAGCUGGGCCUCUGAGAACCUUUGUGUGCCAAGUUACCUCCGUCACAUUUUAUUUCACAAUGUAUAUCAGUAUAUCAUUUCUCGGACUGAUAACCAUCGACCGCUACCAGAAGACCACCAGGCCUUUUAAAACCUCCAACUCCAGCAAUCUCUUGGGGGCCAAGAUACUCUCUGUCCUCAUCUGGGCCUUCAUGUUCCUACUUUCUCUGCCUAACAUGAUUCUCACCAACAGGAGGCCAAAAGACAAGAACGAGAAGAAAUGCUCUUUCCUCAAGUCAGAGUUUGGUCUGGUUUGGCAUGAGAUAGUCAAUUACAUCUGCCAAGUCAUUUUCUGGAUUAAUUUUUUAAUUGUCAUUGUAUGUUAUACUCUCAUUAUAAAGGAACUCUAUAGGUCCUAUGUAAGAACAAGGGGCAUAGGCAAAGUCCCCAGGAAAAAGGUGAACAUCAAAGUUUUCAUUAUCAUCGCUGUGUUCUUUAUUUGUUUUGUUCCUUUCCAUUUUGCACGAAUUCCCUACACACUGAGCCAGACCCGAGAUGUGUUUGACUGUACUGCUGAGAACACCCUGUUCUAUGUGAAAGAGAGCACUCUGUGGUUAACGUCCUUGAAUGCAUGCCUGGAUCCGUUCAUCUAUUUUUUUCUUUGCAAGUCAUUCAGAAAUUCCUUGACCAGCAUGCUGAAGUGCUCAAAUUCUGCAACAUCUCCAUUUGGAGAAAACAGGAAGAAAGGACAGGAUGGUGGAGACCCAAGUGAGGAGACCCCAAUGUAAACAGUUACCUGAAGAACUGUUUUGAACUGCUGUUGUUCAAACUCCUCCAAAAUCACCAUGUAAAAUUAUUAACAUUGACUAAAAAGCUGAGUUAACAAUGACUCU